AUUUGCUUCCUUUCGCUAACAUUUCGAGCUCGCGCCGGCGCCUUAUCCAAACGUCGCGAGCUUCGAAGCGACUCGAACAGUUCGGCGAAGCAAUCGUCUCACCUGGAGCUCGGCGGGACGCCGGGAGCAACGCGAAGCCAUGGAGGGGAAGCUGUCCGAGGCGUCGAGGCGGGCGGUGCCGUCGCCCAUCCAGCAGCUCUCCCACCUGGCGCAGAGCGUCGGCGCCGUCAACCUCGCCGAGGGGUUCCCAGAUUUCCCCGCGCCCGCCCACGUUAAGGCCGCCGCCGCCGCCGCCAUCGCCUCCGACCUCAACCAGUACAGGCAUGUGCAGGGGAUCUGCGACGUGCUCUCAGAGACGAUGAAGCGGGAGCACGGCCUCUACGUCGACCCCCUCACGGACUUCGCCAUCUGCUGCGGGCAAUCCGAGGCCUUCGCCGCCGCUGUAUUUGCAAUUAUAGACCCAGGGGAUGAAGUUCUGCUCUUCGAUCCGGCUUACGAAACAUAUCAUACAUGCAUUGAGCUGGCCCGGGGUAUACCUGUGUAUGUGCCAUUGGAUCCACCUUCUUGGACACUGAAUGGGGAUAAAUUUUUGAAAUCGUUUACCAGUCGGACAAAGGCAGUGAUCUUAAAUAGCCCACAUAAUCCUACCGGGAAGGUUUUUAGCAAGGAGGAAUUGCUUAUUAUUUCUGAGGCUUGUCAGGAAAAGGACUGCUUUGCUAUUACUGACGAGGUUUAUGAGUAUAUUACUUACGAUGAGAACAAGCAUACCUCACUGGCUUCUCUUCCAGGAAUGCAAGAGAGGACCAUCAUCACAUCCUCACUGUCGAAAACUUACAGUGUAACUGGCUGGAGAGUUGGCUGGGCUUGUGCUGCAGCAAACAUCGCUGCGGCAAUAAGAAAUAUCCAUGUCAAGCUGACAGAUUCAGCUCCUGCACCAUUCCAAGAAGCUGCGGUGAUUGCGUUAACAAGCACAUCAGAUUACUAUAAGUCCCUGAAAAAAGACUAUGCAGUGAAAAGGGACUUCAUCCUUCAGUUGCUGACAGAUUACGGUUUCCACAUUAGCUUCAGGCCACAAGGUUCAGUAUUUGUAUUUGCUGAGCUGCCCAGAUCGUGGCAAAUUUCAGAUAUAGAUUUUGUGACCAACUUGAUCCAGAAUGCUGGUGUGGCGGCCGUACCUGGCCGCGGGUUCUUCCACACAGAUUCUGACGAUCAAAGCUACCAUCGCAGGUAUGUCAGGUUUGCGUUUUGCAAGAGCGAUGAGACCCUUGAGGCUGCUGCCUGGAAGAUGAGGACUCUGGCGGAUAAUAAUGGAACAAUGAAGCUUAAUGGCAAAUAAGAUACCGGAAAGCAUCAUUCACCUCGUUGAUCAAACGAAGUCUCAGGCUCUCAGGCAUAAUGUGAUUGUGCGCAACAAACUCAGGUGAGAAGAAAAUUGUCUCACACUACCAAACCAAAACGCCGGCAGUGUUCGUCCUGAAGCAAAUGGAAACUUGGCUGAUUGGAAGAAGGCCUUCUCAAAAGAGUAAUUGUACUACUCGGGAUGGCUGGGCUGAAACUUCUAUUUUCUCCAAAAACACAUUUAAUUUACACAAGGAAGCCUGCCCAAAAUCUUUCUAUAGCACCUUUCAUGCUUGAAUAUUCAUCAGGAUUUAUGUUCUA